AUGGCUACCGAGGAAACUGUUGUCUAUCGAUAUGAAGACAAGAAGACUGGUAUCGAGGAGCAGGCCCUCCCCACCGAAGGGGAGGUGACUGAUGUCGAGUUGCAUGAAUUGAUGGAACUGGUCAAAGAGACCAUCGCCGAGCACGAGAUGGAUGGUAAUUUCCCUCAAGAGAUGUUGGACGAUGCGCGAGAGUUUCUGGCCAAGGAUCCAAAGCAAAUCACCGCUUUGGAGGCUCAGGCAUUGCUCCAUGAUAUUCGCCUGCAGCGCGAACUCAUGGUCAACGACUCGCCUUAUCCCGAGGUCCGCGCCGUUGUCGAUCCAACUGACGACCCUUCGAUGUCGGCGAAUACCUUCCGUGCCUGGUUCUUGGGAAUCUUGCUCACCAUUGUCUUCACCGGUGUGAACCAACUGUUCACCCUUCGAUAUCCCACCAUUUUCCUCACUUCCUAUGUCUCCCAGGUUGUCGGAUAUCCCAUGGGUACAUUCCUCGCAAAAGUGCUGCCAACUCGUGUGUUCUCGGUGUUUGGUUUCCGCUUCACUUUGAACCCCGGUCCAUUCAACCAGAAAGAGCACAUGCUUAUUACUAUCAUGGCCAAUGUUGGUUAUGGUGGUGCCCUCGGUACUGCGUAUACCACCAACAUUUUCACCGUGCUCAAGGUGAAGAAGUGGUACGACGACCAGACGCUGUACAACAAGGCUGGUUUCCAGAUCUUGUUGACCCUCUCAACACAGUUCCUGGGAUUCGGUUGCGCCGGUCUUGUGCGACGCUUCCUGGUUCUUCCUCCGUCUAUGAUUUACCCCAAGGCCUUGGCAACUAUUGCCCUGAACAGGGCUUUGCACAAUGAUCAGAAAGGUGAAUCGGUUCACGGAUGGACUAUCACCCGUUACCGUUUCUUCUUAUAUACCUUCGGUGGAAUGUUCUGCUGGUACUGGUUCCCAGGGUAUAUCUUCCAGGCUAUUUCUUACUUCAACUGGAUGACCUGGAUCGCCCCGAAAAAUGUCAACUUAGCCGCAAUCACUGGCAGUAUCACGGGCCUCGGAUUCAACCCUUUCCCAACCUUCGACUGGAACGUGGCCUCUGUCAUUUAUGAUCCCAUUGUCACACCAUUCUAUGCCUUGGUUACCAUCUUUGCUGGUACGGUGUUCUUCUGUAUUUGUGUUAUUAUUCCAAUCUGGUGGACAAACACAUGGCAAGCUGGAUACUUCCCAAUCAUGAGCAACUCGCUGUUUGCUAAUGAUGGUAACACAUAUGAUGUUUCGAAGAUCAUGAUCAACGGUGUCUUCAGCCAGGAGGCCUAUGAAGCCUAUAGUCCUCCUUACAUGACCGCUUCGUAUGCUGUUAUGUUCUUCUGUUUCUUCGGAGCGUACAUGGCUGGUGUCGUUCACAUUCUCCUGUACAACCGCAGCGAGUUGAAGAAGGGAUUCACUGCCAUGAUAAAAUGGAGAAAAGCCAGUGACGAGCAUGGAGAUGUUCACAAUCGACUGAUGAACAAGUACAAGGAUGCCCCCGAUUGGUGGUUCUUUAUUAUCCUGGUACUUUGCUUCGUCAUUGGUUGCGUUGUUUCUCGUGUCUAUGUACCCAGCUUCCCUAUUUGGGGCAUGGUAGUCGGUGUCUUGCUGUGUCUUUUCUUGCAAGUCCCCUACGGCAUGAUCUACGCCAUUACCAACUCCGAGGUAACCAACAAUGUCGUCGCUGAGUUGAUUGCCGGUUAUGCUAUCCCCAACCAGCCUACUGCCAACAUGAUCUUCAAGACCUACGGUGUUGUUUCUUGUAUGCAGGCUAUUCAAUUCGUCUGUGAUCUAAAGAUGGGUCAUUACAUGAAAAUUGCACCGCGUGUUACCUUCAGUGCUCAGAUUGUCGCAACCUUCAUUGCUGCCUUUGUGAGUAUUGGCGUGAACGCAUGGGCAUUAGCAAAUGUUCCCAACAUCUGUGAUGAAUCACAAGCCGCUGGAUUCAACUGUGAGGGUAUCACCACUUUCUUCACCUCCUCGGUCAUUUGGGGUGCCAUUGGACCCAAGGAGCUCUUUGCCAAUGGCAAGAUCUACAACGCCACUUUGUACGGAUUCCUGGCUGGUUCCCUCUUGCCUGUCCCAUUCUACUUGAUGUCUAAGUUUUUCCCCAAGUCGGGAUUCCGUUACAUUUAUUCGCCACUCCUGCUGUAUGGAAUGAUGAACUUUGCCCCUUACAACCUGACAUAUAUCACUGCUCCUCUGAUUGUGGGCUUUGUGUUCAACUUUUAUAUCAAGCGUCACUACCUUGCUUGGUGGGAGAAGUAUGCUUACGUUCUUACUUCGUCCUUCGGUGCUGCGUUAGCUAUUUCUGCUAUCAUUAUCUUCUUCGCGGUUGAAUAUCACACGGUCUCUAUCAACUGGUGGGGCAAUACGGUCGCAUUCGCUGGAUGCGACGAUCUUGGAUGCACGAGGAUGGCUGUGCCUUCUGGAGGUGUUCCGGCUUGA